UCGGCUCGGCCCAGCACAGCGAUAUCAUCUUCCAGUAAUUAAUGUAAUUGCCGUGGCAUUAAAGCAAUUGUGAGAUUUAAUUGUCGAAAUCGGCUCGCGGGACGUAAACAAAUAUUAUGGAUGGAUCGGCAGUGUUUAUGUUAUAUUGAUAUCCUUGGUGAGACGACAGUUGCGAGCCGGCAACAUCCAGUUCUAACUUUUCGAGAUUUUAUUGUAAGAGGGAGGGAAUAAUUUUGAAAUAGCGUGACUCCGACAAUUGUUGAAUUAAAUAUCAGCGUAAUGUGCUCGUCAAUGUAUAAGCUAUGCCGAGGAAGCGUCGGAAAUCCUUGCUCCAGUCCAUUACCGCUAUUUGCAAAGAAAUUCAUUUUGCGAUUUGGUCACAACAGAUGUAUCUGGAAUUCCGUUGAAAAUCGUAUGGAACGAAGUAGCUCGCUGGGUUUCUUUAAUCAAGAGAGAUUUGGCAGCGCCUCGAAAGCCACAACCCCCGAUGUACCUGGUGUUUUGUCGAAGGACCAAGCACGGCAGCUCGCGGUUCGUUUGACAUCGGAUGAACGACAAGUGCUCAUCACGGCUUUACAAGAAUGUCAGUCUCUAAAGCUCAAGGCCGAAUAUGAAGGUCAACUUGCACCUUUUCGAUGGAGGAGUAAAUUUGGACGUCCGACUAAAGUAACAACAUUAGGAGAUGUAGAUCCUACAGGCAGCUAUUGCGCUGUUCCUGAUGAUUGGUUAUUACGCAAAUAUGUGGAAACAGUACCACACCCAUCUAGAAAAGAUUUGAUGCAAGUUGCAAUCGCGAAUGCUAUUCCAUUCAUUGGAUUUGGAUUCCUUGACAAUUCUAUUAUGAUCAUUGCUGGUGAUUCAAUUGAAGCAACAUUAGGGGUUUUUAUAUCUCUCUCAACGAUGGCAGCUGCUGCUUUUGGAAAUACAAUUUCGGAUAUUUUGGGAAUCGGUUCAGCAUUUUAUGUUGAACUUUUUGCACAAAAAGUAGGAUUCGAGGCACCCAAAUUAACACCAAUCCAAUUAGAUUUACCAAAAAGUAGACGAGCUGCUAAUAUAGGUCGAGUAUUUGGAGUAACAUUAGGUUGUUUAUUGGGAAUGCUACCAUUACUCGUAUUGCAUAAGGAUGGAAAAGAUGAAAAAAAAACUAAAACAGAUGAAAAAGAAACAGAAAAUAAUAAAAAAUGAGGUCCAGUUAGAAUGUAAAUAUCAAACAUUUUGUUGUACAGAAAUAUUAUAAAGUUUUAAACAAUUUAGAUAUGCAUUAGCCAUUGUUGGUCUCGAAUUAGCUGAUGCUUUGCCAUUUUGACUGUGAACUUCUUGAUUUUAAAAUAUGUAUAUAGAAAAAUUUAAAUGUUGCAUU